ACGCGUUUAUUACAUUACAAAAGGAAGGACCAGCGCAUCAAUCAUCAAUAUAACAUAACAGCACCAACCUUAAAACUAAAAUUAAACCAAAACAAACACUAUUAAUUAAUCAAAAACAUCAUUAUUAUUAAUUAUUAUUAUAUAGUACUCUUCUUCCAUUCCUCACCCAUCAAUAUCAUCAUCGUUAGUAGUGUUUUUGCAUCUGCUCUGUUGUUCACACACUACACGCGUCCUCUAAAAGACCCUUUUCAAUAAAAAAUAAUCAAAAACUAUUAUAUAUAUUUUUUAUACCAUGCUAUAAUAAUAAUUUCAUUUCUUUGGUCAGUAAAAUACCUAAUCUCUUUUCCACCUCUCACACUAUGAUACUUUAUUUUAUUAUUUUUUCUCCAACAAUCUUUAAAUCAGAGUAUUAUUAUUUUCCAGAACACCCUAACCCUGAUGCAAUCUAUUAGAAAAUCAUUCAAAUCUUACAACAAAAAACAUUCUACUACUAGGUUUUCCGAUUCCGACCAAGAACAACAACUCCCUAUUCUCCACCACCAAGAACACCACCACCGUCAACCUUAUCCAAUGGCCGGAGACGUCGUCGUGAAGAUUGACGACGGCGGUGAGCCUUCUCGUGAAAACAAAAUUUGGAGAGAAUCGAGUUAUGAUUUCUGGAAUGAUACCGGUGACAAUGUUAAUGGUGAGGAUAGUUUUGAUUUCCGGAAUAAAACUCAGGAGGAUCCACCUUCGCAGCUAAUCGGAAAGUUUUUGCAUAAACAAAAAGCUUCCGGUGAGAUGUCAUUGGAUAUGGAUUUGGAAAUGGAUGAGCUUCAGAAUGAAGAUGGUGAUAGCGACGGAAAGUUAACUCCGGUUGAGGAAUCUCCAACAAUGAUACAACGUGAGCUUAAGGUUUCUUUUGAGGAACCACCUCCUAAUGCUAUUGAAUCUGUUAAUGAUUCUAUUAGGAGAAGACAUGUUAAUGAUUCACCUUCCACGUCUGAGUAUCCUAGACCUCCAUUUCCGCCUAAUCAUGACCGUCGAGGUCAUUCUCCGUCUCCGGCCCCGCCCGGAAAUGAUUCUGAGGUUGUUAGGUGUACCUCUAAUGGUUCCUUUCAUCCUUCGUUUGAAAGGAACAUUUCCAUGCAGAGGAAAUCCACAUUGUUGAAAACCAAAACUAAGUCCAGAUUAAUGGACCCUCCAGAUGAACCUGUGGAUAGAAGAUCAGGUCGGGUUGCUAAAUCCGGUCAGCUUUUGUCUGGGUUUAUUGGGAAGAAAGGCGACGAGGAAGAGGAUGACCCGUUUAUGGAAGAGGAUUUUCCUGAUGAGUAUAAGAAAACACAAUUUAGUCUUUGGAUUCUUCUUGAAUGGUUGAGUUUGAUUUUGAUUAUUGGUGCAUUAGUAACUACUUUGAGUGUUCCUUUUUUGAGGCAGAAGAAUUUGUGGCAACUCAAAUUAUGGAAAUGGGAGGUUAUGAUUCUUGUUCUAAUAUGUGGUAGAUUGGUUUCUGAUUGGUUUAUUAGAAUUGCUGUGUUUUGCAUUGAAAGAAAUUUUCUAUUGAGAAAAAGGGUACUUUACUUUGUGUAUGGUGUGAAGAAAGCAGUGCAAAAUUGUGUUUGGUUGGGACUUGUUUUAAUUGCAUGGCAUUUUCUCUUUGAUGAGAGAGUUCAGAGAGAGACAAAAAGUAAUUUCCUUCAAUAUGUCACAAAGGUUUUGGUUUGUUUCUUGGUGGGUACUUUGGUGUGGUUGUUGAAAACUUUAAUGGUUAAGGUUUUAGCUUCUUCUUUUCAUGUCAGUACAUAUUUUGAUAGAAUUCAAGAGUCACUGUUUAAUCAAUUCGUAAUCGAAACACUUUCGGGGCCACCUUUGGUGGAAAUUCGAAAGGCUGAAGAGGAAGAGGAAAGACUUGCUGAAGAGGUUCAAAAGUUGCAGAAUGCUGGGGUUACCAUACCUGCUGAUCUUAGAGAGUCUGCAUUUUCUACCCAGAGUGGAAGGUCCAAGAGUGGAAUGCUUCCGAAAAGCCCUGUUGUUAAAAGUGCCAGGUUUUCAAGACCACUUUCGAAGAAAUCUGAUGAUGGUGGAAUUGGGAAUGGUGGUGGGAUAACUAUUGAUCACUUACAUAAGCUGAAUCCAAAUAAUGUGUCUGCUUGGAAUAUGAAAAGGUUGAUGAAUAUGGUUCGGCACGGAGCACUUACUACAUUGGAUGAACAAAUACUUGAUUCCGGUGUUGAUGAUGAGCAUGCCACACAAAUCAGAAGUGAAAAUGAGGCUAAAGCAGCGGCUAAGAAAAUCUUUCAGAACGUUGCUAGGCGCGGCUGCAGGUUUAUAUACCCUGAGGACUUGAUGCGUUUUAUGCGAGAAGAUGAAGCUAUAAAAACCAUAAAUCUCUUUGAAGGAGCGAUAGAUACUGGGAGAAUCAGUAAAUCCGCCUUGAAAAAUUGGGUGGUGAAUGCCUUCAGGGAGAGGAGAGCACUUGCUUUGACAUUGAAUGACACCAAAACAGCAGUGAACAAACUUCAUCGAAUGCUCAAUUUUUUAGUUGCCAUUAUCAUACUGGUUAUUUGGCUCUUGAUAUUGGAAAUUGCCACCACCAAAUUUCUUCUUUUUGUGAGCUCACAACUUGUCUUGGUUGCAUUUAUAUUUGGAAACACCUGCAAAACCGUAUUUGAAGCAAUCAUAUUCUUAUUUGUCAUGCACCCAUUUGAUGUGGGAGAUAGAUGUGAAAUUGAUGCAACCCAGAUGGUUGUAGAAGAAAUGAACAUAUUGACCACCGUAUUUCUUAGAUACGAUAAUCUAAAGAUAACGAUACCUAACGCUGUUCUUGCUACUAAGGCCAUAAAUAAUUUCUACCGUAGUCCUGACAUGGGAGAUGCUAUUGAAUUCCUUAUCCAUAUAGCUACCCCAGCUGAAAAGGUUGCACUCAUAAAACACAGAAUAAAUAGUUUCGUUGAUAACAAGAAGGAGCACUGGUAUCCUUCACCUUUUAUAGUCUUGAAGGAUCACGAACAAAUGAACAUGGUGAGAUUGGCGAUCUGGCCAACUCAUAGAAUGAACUUCCAAGACAUGGGAGAACGAUUUAUCAGGAGGUCUCUUCUUAUUGAAGAGUUGAUAAAGAUUUUCAAAGAUCUCGACAUUCAAUACCGUCUCAUGCCUCUUGACAUUAACGUUAGAGCUGUGCCUACCACUUCUGACCGUCUUCCACCUAGUUGGACAUCAAUGACAAAUUGAGUAGAAGGAUGAAAUCCACCAUGGUGUAAUCAUGCGACAUUUGUUCUGAAGUGUUACCUUUUAGCAGGGUAGUCUUUAUGUAAAGAAAGAAUUUCAUUUGGUUAUUGCUGUAGGUUAAGCUUAAUAUAUCUACUAAGGUUAGUUUUUAGCUGAUAAAUCGAAGCCUAUUGGUAUUGGUACACACCUUUCUCGUGCAAUUUUGUUUAAAUAAUGAGUAUUCGUCGAUA